AGUGCACAUAUCGCUCUCCCCAUGCAGUGAGGAUCAUGUGUGGUGAUGCUGACUGAACUAUGCUGCACCCAUGCGAGGUCAGCAGGGCGAUAAGGAGCAUUUAAUGAGAUAACCGCUUUUCUAAACCUAAAAACAAAAGGGAAAACAUCGCUGUGCGCGUGCACGUGCAUCUGCCUGCCUCUUUAACGCGCAUUGUGACUCUCCCGCCCUUGCCCAGACUGCGCUUUCAACCUCGUGACUACUCGCUGUCCACUCAACGCUCGUUGAGGUGGACGCGCACGGGCGCGUGGCCGCGCACGUUCAGUUGCAAUAGACUAAACGGGCACGAGUACGUGCGCGUACUCGUGUUCUUUGUGUGGCAGUGUAGAGAAGCGCCAAAAGAGUGACCAUGGCUGAUGAAAAACCAAAGGAAUCAGUGAAGACAGAAAACAAUGAACACAUAAACCUGAAGGUAGCGGGUCAGGAUGGAUCUGUAGUGCAGUUCAAGAUCAAAAGACACACACCGCUCAUCAAACUCAUGAAGGCCUACUGCGAGAGACAGGGACUGUCAAUGAGGCAAAUCAGGUUCAGAUUUGACGGGCAGCCAAUAAACGAGACAGACACACCAGCACAGAUGCCAGUUGUAUUCACUGCAGUUUGUGGCUGGAGUAACCACAACUUGCAUGUUAUUGCAGUGCCAUCCAACCUUGUCCACAGUGCAGCCUUCAAAGCCAAAUACAUUGGAAAUGGAAGAUGAAGAUACGAUCGAUGUGUUUCAACAACAGACGGGCGGACGGAUUUAAUCGGCCACGUGCAUCACCACUUUCUUCCUGGACACCACCAACUUUCCUGGCCUCUGAGGCACACAGCGCCUGCUUCUUCGCAGCUCGUCUCAACAGAAUUCCACGCAGAAGAAG